AUGGCAGGAAACAACCUUACUGGUAGCAUACCACCUGAGAUAGGCAACGCAACCCAAAUUCAUGUGUUGGACCUUUCUUCAAAUCAUUUAGUUGGGUUGAUCCCAAAAGAAUUCAAGAGAUUGACUUCUUUGGAGAGGUUGAUGUUGAAUGGAAAUCAACUUUCGGGUCGUAUACCGUCGGAAUUCGGAUCAUUGAAUGAUCUUGAAUAUCUUGACUUGUCAACAAACAAAUUCAAUGAGUCAAUUCCGAGCAUUCUAGGUGACUUGCUCAAAUUACACUACUUGAAUUUGAGCAACAACAAGUUGGCUCAAGCAAUUCCAUUUAAAUUGGGGAAGUUAGGUCAAUUGAAUUACAUGGAUUUAAGUCAUAACUCUCUUGAAGGUAAGAUACCAUCAGAAAUGGGCAGUAUGCAGAGUUUGGUGACACUUGAUCUUUCCCACAACAAUCUUUCGGGUUCCAUACCAUCAAGUUUUGAAGAGAUGCGCGGCUUGUCGUACGUUGACAUAUCCUACAAUCACUUGGAAGGUCCCCUUCCCAACAUCAGUGCAUUUCGAGAAGCUCCACCAGAAAGAUUGAAAGGGAACAAAGGAUUGUGUGGCAACGUUAGAGCUCUGCUGCCACCCUGCAAUGCACAUGGCUCAAAAAAGGACCACACGGUCAUAUUCUCUGUUCUAGCAGUAUUUGUACUCCUAUCUGCUCUCUUUACAAUUGUCUUUGUAAUAGUGCAAAGAAAGAAGAAGCAUCAAGAUACUAAACAAAACCACAUGCAUGGAGAAAUUUCCUUUUCGGUUUUAAAUUUUGAUGGAAAAUCAAUGUAUGAGGAAAUCAUAAGGGCAACAGAAGAUUUUGAUUCCACAUAUUGCAUUGGGAAGGGAGGACAUGGAAGCGUCUACAUAGUGAAUUUGUCAUCUGGAGACGUAGUGGCCGUGAAGAAACUUCAUCUACUAUGGGAUGGCGAGACAGAAUUUCAGAAGGAGUUCUUGAAUGAAGUAAGGGCACUUAGUGAGAUAAGACAUCGGAAUAUUGUCAAGCUCUAUGGUUUCUGCACACAUAAACGACACUCAUUUUUGGUGUAUGAGUAUCUUGAAAGAGGUAGCUUGGCCGCAAUGUUGAGCAAAGAUGAAGAAGCUACAGAGUUGGGGUGGAGUAAAAGGGUGAAUAUUGUUAAAGGCUUAGCUCAUGCCUUGUCUUACAUGCACCACGAUUGCUUGCCACCGAUUGUACAUCGUGACAUCUCAAGCAAGAACAUUUUGUUGGAUUCUGAAUAUGAGGCCUGUGUUUCAGACUUUGGCACUGCUAAGUUUUUAAAUCCAGACUCAACUAAUUGGACUGGGGCUGCAGGCACAUAUGGCUACAUGGCACCAGCAAAGCUUGCUUACACAAUGGAAGUGAAUGAGAACUGCGAUGUUUAUAGCUUUGGUGUGGUCACAUUGGAAAUAAUUAUGGGAAAGCAUCCUGGAGAUCUUCUCUCAUCUUUCUCAUCAGUCUCUUCAUCCUCCUCCUCAUCAUCAUCAUCAUCUGCAUUACAAGCCCAUCAAAUAACAAUUGUGGAUGUUUUGGACCAACGCAUUUCCCCUCCUACGCAUCAACUUGCAAGCGAAGUGGUCUCUCUUGUGAAGAUAGCAUUUUCAUGCUUGAAUUCCAGCCCGAAAUCUCGUCCAACAAUGAAACAAGUUUCUCAUUUCCUCUCAACUCAGAUGCUGCAUUUGUCGAAGACGGUACAUAUGAUGACAUGUGGUGAAUUGCUUGCUCUUGAUCCUUUGGCUACCUGA